AUGGCCAGUGAAGCAAAGGAAAAAUGGGGAGGAAAGGCUAGAGCCCUGGUGAGAGGCUCAGGUCCUGACCAAGUAUGGCCCCUCCUGGAGGAUUUCUUCAGCCUGCACAAGUGGGUCCCCACGAUAGACACGUGCUGUGGAGUCGAGGGCGUGUCGGGUGAGCCCGGAUUCGUCCGAUACUGCUCUGGCACAAGAAGCUCCGCCGAUGGUUCCGAGGAUGUUUUCACUAACUGGGCUCUGGAGAAGCUGCUUGCGACUGACCCUGUCAACAAAAGCUUCACUUAUGAGAUCGUGGACUGCAAUAAUGUCGGGUUCAAAUCCUUGGCCGCCACAAUGAAACUGACGGCGGUGAGAGAUGCAGAAGAAGAAGAUGGAUGUGGAAUGAGCUGGUCUUUCUCAGUGAAUCCGAUUGAAGGAUGGACGGAGAAAGAUUUGACGGAGUUCUACAGUGUUGCUCUUCGAAUCAUGGCUGAAAGAAUAGAAGCUGUCUUAUCGAGCAAAGGGUAA